CGUAGUAGUUUAUAAAAUGCGGGAGUAAUCCACAUUUGUCCAAAUUAUAAAGCAAAAUUCGGAAAAGGAAUCGUCUCGCAAAAUUCUCGGAAAAUUGAAAAUUAGGAUACGAUACUAGCUAACUUUCUGCGCCAUCGAGUAUAAUCCUUUAAAUAAAUACAUUAAAUACAUUAAAAUGGAGGUUGAUAUGACUAUAGUAAAGGAGGAGAACAUCUGUCCUGAAGUUUCUUAUGAAAAUAAACUUCGUUUCGUAAGUGCUAUUGCAAAGCCAAUGGCACCAAAGAAAUUAGUAAAAAGAAUUUAUAAAUGUAUAAGAAAAGCGUCUAAGCAUAAAACAUAUACAAGAAAUGGACUAAAAGAUGUUCAAAAGCAUUUGCGUAAAGGAGAAGUAGGCUUGGUCAUCUUUGCUGGAGAUGUAUAUCCUGUAGAUAUCAUGUGCCAUUUACCAAUUGUGUGUGAAGAUAAAAAUAUUCCUUAUUGUUUUACGCCAUCCAGAAUGGAUCUCGGUGCGGCAAUGGGCAUGAAGCGUGGAAGUCUCAUGGUACUUAUAAAGGAACAUCCUGAAUAUAAAGAAUUGUAUGAUGAAGUUAAAAUUGCAAUAUCAAACCUUUCGUCGCCUUUGUAAUUUUCACAUUUAGACAUUAAACUUGAUAUAUUGUUUUUCAUUUUUAUAAUUUAGGUCAAAUUUUAUAUAUUGAAAUUAUACAAUAUAUAAAAUGUCUUUCUGUAAAUAAAUUUUUUAUUUUAAAUAUAUCGAUACUUUGUA